GACGGUAACUCGGCCGAUCGGAUGAGUUUGAAAUUCGUAAGGAGUCUAGCGAAUUUAACGUUAGGAUGCGGAGAUUUCUGUUCCUGGUGGCUCUUGCCGUGUCGCACGAGAUGAUCUACGCAGACCUACCGGAUUGGGUAACACCGGAAAUGACAGAUAUGGUGAAAGACGACAAGAUACGCUGUAUGAACGAACACGGAACGGACGAAGAGAUGAUCGUGAGGGCAAAUGAUGGUGAUCUGGUGGACGAUCGGAAGCUCAAGUGUUACAUGUACUGCCUGAUGGAAUCGUUCGGUUUGGUCGAUACCGAUGGUGAGUUCGAGAUGGAACUUUUGAUUGGCUUCCUGCCGGAGAACCUUCAAGACGUAGCCCGGAACGCGAUGAACGCCUGUGCCGACGAAGGCGGUGAUGAUCCGUGCGAAAAAGUCUACAUGCACUCGCUCUGCAUCUACAAAAGAAAUCCUCAGCUAUGGUUCCUGAUAUAAAUUCAUCGAGCGCUCAAUUCCAUCGCAGCCCUGUCGGAAGGAAGCACGAUGAAUUUCUCCGUGGUACAGCCAGAAACCAAAGUGAUUACGUGGCCAGUGGCGAAGGGCAAGAAAAGGAAAGAAAACAAUAUUCACAAGGGCAAAGGUCCAGAGGGAGGAAGAAAGAAAAUUAUAUACCAAGCAUAAUAGCUAUGUAGAUACACGUGUAUAAAAAUGGUAAUAGGGGAUAUAUGGGAGAAUAGACAGCCUUGUAUGCUACAAGUACAGAAAGGAAUUCCGAGUAAGUUUAA